AUGCAGAUGGAAAGACGAGGAGGAUGCAGAUGGAAAGAUGAGAAGGAUGCAGAUGGAAAGACGAGAAGGAUGGAUGGAAAGACAAGGAAGAUGCAGAUGGAGAGACGAGAAGGAUGUAUGAAGAGACGAGAAGGAUUCAGAUGGAAAGGCGAGAAAGGAUGCAGAUGGAAAGAAGAGGAGGAUGCAGAUGGAAAGAAGAGGAGGAUGCAGAUGGAAAGACGAGGAGGAUGCAGAUGGAAAGACGAGGAGGAUGCAGAUGGAAAGACGAGGAGGAUGCAGAUAAAAAGACAAGGAAGAUGCAGAUGGAAAGACGAGAAGGAUGCACAUGAAGAGACGAGAAGGAUGCACAUAAAGAAACGAGAAGGAUGCACAUGAAGAGACGAGGAA